AUGCGACCCCUAAAUCUAACAACCCUCAUCCCCAUCCUCACCCUCCUCUCCCAUCCCACCUCCUCCGGUGCCACCACCCCCCCAUCACCAUCACCAUCACCAUCACCAUCACCACCACCACCACCACCACCACCCCAAUGUGGCCCCGCCACCCCCAAAACACCCACCCACCCCCAACCGACCACCUCCCUGGCCACCUCCCUCCCGCACCCCUCCGCCUGGCACCCCUGGACGCACCAGCCCUACUGCAUCCCGGCCUCGGCCUCCCCCUGGUGCGUCUUCACGCACGCGGCCUCGCCGCGCGCGCACGGCGUCAGCAUCGUCAGCACGCCCGACGACGCGCCUGAUCCGCGGAACCAUGCCCUAGACGCGCCCUUCUUUGCGCCGGAGAAGUUGUUGCUGCCGCGGCCGUAUGCGGUGCGGGAUGUCCCGGGGAAGGGGAAAGGUGUGGUGGCGACGCGGCGGAUUGCGAAGGGGAGGGUGGUGCUGGUGGAUUGGGUGAGUGUGUUGGCGGCGGUGGAGUAUCCGGGGGAUGUGUUGCGGGGGGAGGUGCAGGAGUUGUUGAGGGUGGCGGGGGAGAGGUUGGGGGGGGAGAGGGUGGUGGAGGGGUUGGCUAGGCAGGGGAACCGGAGGGUGGGUGGUGAUGCUGAUGGUGAGGGGGAGGGGGUGGAGAUGAGUGAGAUGGAGGAUGUGAUGUUGACGAAUAGCUUUGCGGUGACGGUGGGGGGGAAGGAGUACAUGGGCUUGUUUGCGGAUUUGGCGAGGUUUAAUCAUGCUUGCAAGCCGAAUGCCUUCAUCAACUUUUCGCAAAAGACCCUAGCUAUGACCAUAUGGUCAGCCCGUAAUAUUGAAGUUGGGGAGGAAAUUACGAUCACGUACUCGGCAGCAGGCUUGACUUCGGAGGAGAGACACGAGAGCUUGGAGAACAUUUGGGGGUUCAAGUGCCAAUGUUCCCUCUGCACUUCUGAACCAGCCGCUCUUCAUGCCUCAGAUGACCGCCGCAGGGGAAUCCGCACGCUUCAGGACAAGGUUAUCGAGCUUGCGCAAAAGGGUGACUUUCAUGAGGCAGUUGAGGCCAGUGAACGCCUGUUUACUCUCGUAGAGCAGGAAGGCUUGACGGAGCAGAUGGGUGGUAUGUACGAGGUCCCAGCCCGUCUUUACUACCACAUUGGCAAUCUUGAAAAGGCGCUGGAGUACACUUUGCAGGCGAGACACGAAAUUGAUGGUUACGGGGUCCCGGACGAAAACGGAGAGGAGAAGAUCAAGAUGUUGAAAGGAGUUAUUGCGCGGCUCGAGCAAGAGAUUGAUGAGCGGGGACAAGGACGGGCUGAGAGAGAAAGGCAGGGAGAGGAUGAACGGUAGGAAGAUAAAUAAUAAUUACG